AUGGAUGUCGUACGUCUUCCUGUUGUCGCCAUUUUGUGUGCGUUGCUCGUGUUUGGUGGAAAUGGUACCGAGUUUGAGAAAGUAUUCGAAUGGAAACAGAUGUCUUACAGUGACCUUCCCGAUCUAAGUAAAGGCAACAUUCCGAUACUGUUUCCUCGAGCUCAAGGAGAUGUAGAGAAUGAAACGUUCCAGGCUUACGGUAACAUUCCAAUGGGUGCAACGCAUCACAAAAACCGUUUGUUCAUUACCAUACCACGCCGAAGACCGGGCGUUCCAGCAACACUUAACGUGAUCGAUUUGACAAAGAUAUCGCCCGGUGAUCGAAGUCCAUCCUUGAAAGCAUAUCCUACCUAUCCGAUCAAUGAGCUGCAGCCACAAUAUGCACCAGACUUGAGACGGCUAGUUUCGGUGUACCGCACAAAGGUGGAUGCCUGUGAACGGCUAUGGUUUGUCGAUACGGGCAUGCUGGAAUAUCCGGACAAUCGGCAGCAGAUUCAACGUCCCCAGAUCUGGAUCGUCGAUUUGAGGCGCGAUCAGCUUGUGCAACGGUACACGAUUCCGGAAUCAAUCGUUCGGGAAGGGGUCGGUAUGGCUAGCAUUACCGUGGACGUGGAGUCAACGAAUUGCGGUGAAGCAUACGCGUAUAUCCCGGAUCUUGUUGCAAACGCCAUCCACGUGUACAGUUUGCGGGAAAAUGAUAUGUGGUCGUUUAAUCAUACAUCGUUUGCGUACGAUCCGAAGCGGGCCACUUUCAAUGUGGCCGGACAGAGGUUCCAGUGGGAUGAUGGUGUGUUUUCGAUCGCGAUCGGACAGAACGAUACGGUAGCAGGAUCGAAGCUGGUCUACUACCAUCCGAUGGUUAGUACGACCGAGUUCGGGACGUUUACAAGUGUGUUGCAGAACAAGCGAAUCGCACAGUCUGGAUACUAUGAUGGUCUGUUUGAGGCGUUGGGUGAACGAGGUCCUAAUACGCAGUCUACCAUGCAUCACUACGAUCCUGGCACCGGUGUCCUGUUCUAUGCCGAGGUAAACCGAAACUCUAUCGGAUGCUGGAACACAAAUCAGUUCUUCGGCGCGGACAAUCACGCGGUAGUGCAUCUAGACAAUCGGGAACUGAUCUAUCCGACUGAUUUGACGAGUGACUCCGAGGGUGUGCUGUGGGUGUUGACAAACAGUCUACCAGUAUGGAUCUAUUCGCGUCUGAAUGAGAGUGAGUACAAUUUUAGGUUGUGGCGACAGGAUCCAGCAAUUGCCAUUCGUGGUACAAAGUGUGAUAAUGCAGUUUAGACAGUG